GACGAGGGACCACUGUGUUCUAAUUUUUUUUUUUGAAGAUGUGAAACUACCUUCACACACUGAAGACCAACAUCAUGGUCGUGAACAGUCAGUGACCAGAACCUGGUGGGAACAUGACUGGUCCGCGCUGAACCUCUUUGUCGAAGGUCACUGCUGAACUUGCAGGUGGUGGCAGUGCCUGAUAUGUCCAGCAGGGCGGCAGUGUUUGAUGGCUGUGGCCUCCUCUGGGCCUUACUGUUGGGAUCAGUCCUCACUGGUCCACCAGUGAGAGCCUGUCCCAACAGCUGUCACUGUAUAGAGAAGAGUGGCAACACGGUGGUCCAGUGUGUUUCUCGAAACCUGUACCAGAUCCCCACGGAGCUCCCCAAGGAGACGGUGGUUCUGCUGCUGUCGUCCAAUCACAUCAGACAUGUUCCCAGCCACGCCUUCAGAGAACUGCAUUAUCUCCAGGAGGUGGAUCUGUCCAACAAUGAGAUUGAGACCAUGGACGUUGGGGCGUUCCAGGGUCUUUCCGUCAGCCUCCUGGUACUGGACCUGUCCAACAACCACAUCCAGAGUGUCCCUAAGGACGUGUUUGCCCACCUGCGGGCAAAGGUCAGCCUGUCCCACAACCCGUGGCACUGCGAGUGCACGCUGCAGGAGGUCCUGAGGGAGCUGCGGUUGGACCCCGACACGGUCAAUGAGGUCAUCUGCCACACGGCGGUGCAGGACGAGUACGCGGGACAACCGCUGAUCCAGGUGCUGGACUCGGGGAUCAACUUCUGUAACUUCCACCAUAAGACCACGGACGUGGCCAUGUUUGUCACCAUGUUUGGUUGGUUCACCAUGGUGAUCGCGUACGUCAUCUACUACGUCAGACAAAAUCAAGAGUACGCACGACGCCAUCUGGAGUACCUCAAGUCUCUGCCCAGCACUUCUCAGAUCAGUAAGGACUUUGACACCAUCAGCAGCGCCCUCUAG